AUGGACAUCAUCAGUCAAUGUCCGGAUCACUUGCUCUUGCGAAUACUGUCAUUUAUUCCGACAAAAGAUGUCAUCGUCACGAGUCUUUUGUCCAAAAGAUGGGGAUCUCUUUGGAGAUGGGUGCCAAAACUUGAAUAUGAUUUUACAAGACAAAACAUGAGAUUCGUGAAGUUUGUUUACAGGUCUUUGCUACAGAAUAACGCUCCAGUUCUCGAGAGCUUGCAUCUCAAGAAUAUUAUCCUUUAUGCUGAAUGUCGUACCGUAGAUAUUGGAGGAUGGAUUGAUAUUGCAGUUAGUCGGCGUGUGCGUGAGCUGGAAAUUUCUAUUAAUUGUUCGGAUGAAAAAUUCAGAUUGCCUAGUAGCCUAUAUACAUGUGGAACGCUUGAGAGCUUCAUACUCACCAUUAAACAUUGCCAUCUUGUGGAUGUUCCUUUAGCGGUCUGUCUCCCUUCCCUCAAAAAACUACACCUUAGGUGUAUUGGUUGGGCAUACAACGCAACUCUUCUUAGGCUUAUAUCCGGUUGCACUAAUCUUGAAGAGUUGCGUUUAGCACGACCUGAUGAUGAUGGCGACUAUAUUAUGAUACAUGAGGCAGGCAGUACUAUAGAUUAUAUGUCCAUCUUUGAAAGAAGGUAUAUGUUUGAGUUUAUGUUUGAUCAAAUGUUUGGAAAGGGUAGUAGUAAUGGGAUCAAUGCUCCUUUGAAAUACUUUUCUAUUUCUAAUAAUUAUCGUAUCCACAACUUCCGUGGGAUUGAGAAAAUGCCUGACUGGGUCGAGGCACGUAUUGCGGUUACUGGUGGAAGUCACAAGUAUCUGAAAGAGAUUACUUAUGCCAAAGGCCUUUAUGUAUGCUUAUCAGUCUCAGAGGUUAUGAAUCCUUACGACAUGAUCUUCCACAUGCUUGUUGACCUUACGAUAUGUACAUGUACUCAAGGUUGGUGGGAUCUUCUUACUCAUAUGCUCCAAGGUUCCCCCAAACUACGGUUUCUCACACUCACCAAUGACCAUUGCCGAGAACUUCCUAGUUUAGAGACCCCGGCCUGCUGGAAACGGCCGAGUUCUGUUCCCGCGUGUUUGUUGUCCAGUCUUCAAGCUUUCACGUGGAGUGGGUAUAAAGGGAGACAAGGAGAUAAAGAAGUGGUAAAAUAUGUCCUGAGGAAUGCUACUGGCUUGAAGAAAAGGAUUUUCAUUUCAAAAUCAAAUGAUUUUGGAGAGAAGUUUUGUAUGCUCCAGGAGUUAGCAUCCGUACCAACGCCUUCGCCAUCAUGUCAGCUUCUGUUCGACCGAAUAUUUUAG